AUGUCAGGUUUAUUGGAAAUUGUUCAAUCGCAGCCUAUCUUCCAAGGUCAUCUACGUGACACAAUCUCUGCGCAAAUCCAGCAAACAAAGCAACUACUUUCUCGAAACCGACGUACUAUAAACCGUCGAAUGGAGGAAAGUUCCAGGAGCUCCGUAUCGAUCUUCACGACCAUUUUAGAGGGAGCUCAACCUUUGAAUCCCAGCAUUGGUGGUUUAAUAAUAUUUGAUGGCAUAGUUCGCAAGCAAAGCAGUGACAUGGUGUGGAAACGCCGUUAUCUUUGUAUUCGAGCCGAGCUUCAAGACGGGCAGACUUCAUCGAAUGAUAUAAACCCGACAUUCAAGAGUCUGUCCCUCAUUUUGUCUGUCUCAAAGGAGACUAUGUGGCAACAGUGUAUUCUUACGCCUUUUUCAGAGCUGGAGGAUGUGUUUCCUGUUCCAAAUAAGUAUAACAGUUCGAAUGCACCGCAUGUGUUCGCAGUGGCGUUUAAAACUGGCAAGCGUCUCUCCUUUCAGGCACGAAAUAAUGAGGAAAGAGACAUGUGGAUGUCCAAAAUUCAGGACGUUCUUGGUAUUGGCGAUGAAGAGGGUGAGAAUCCAUAG